UGUUUUUUCUGUUUUUCUUUUUUGUGAUCUCCAGGAUGAAUUGGAUCUUACAGACAAGAACAGAGAGGCAAUGUUUGCACUCCCUCCAGAGAAGAAAUGGCAGAUAUACUGCAGCAAAAAGAAGGAACAAGAAGAUCCUAAUAAGCUCGCUACCAGCUGGCCAGACUACUACAUUGACCGCAUCAAUUCCAUGGCAGCUAUGCAGACUCUGUAUGCUUUUGAUGAAGAAGAAACAGAAAUGAAAAAUAAAAUAGUUGAAGACUUGAAGACAGCUCUGCGGACUCAGCCCAUGAGGUUUGUGAUGAGAUUCAUUGAGCUGGAUGGUCUGAGCUGUUUGCUGAACUUCCUGAAAAGCAUGGACUAUGAGACCUCAGAAAGCCGUAUACACACAUCCGUUAUAGGGUGUAUCAAGGCACUGAUGAACAACUCCCAGGGACGGGCUCAUGUCCUGGCUCAUCCUGAGAGUAUCAACAUAAUCUCCCAAAGCUUACGGACUGAGAACAUCAAGACCAAGAUUGCUGUUUUGGAGAUCCUAGGGGCUGUCUGCUUGGUACCAGAUGGUCAUAAGAAAGUCUUGCAAGCCAUGCUUCACUACCAAGUCUAUGCUGCAGAGAGAACAAGAUUCCAGACAUUGUUGAAUGAGCUAGACCGAAGCAUGGGACGAUAUCGAGAUGAAGUAAAUCUCAAAACAGCUAUCAUGUCCUUUAUCAAUGCUGUUUUGAAUGCUGGUGCUGGUGAGGACAAUUUAGAGUUCCGAUUACACCUACGAUAUGAGUUUCUAAUGCUGGGAAUUCAACCUGUUAUUGACAAGCUAAGAGAGCAUGAGAAUGCAACACUUGACAGGCACUUAGAUUUCUUUGAAAUGGUCAGAAAUGAAGAUGACUUGGAACUUGCAAAGCGAUUUGACCUGAUCCACAUUGAUACAAAAAGUGCCUCUCAAAUGUUUGAACUGAUCAAGAAAAGACUGAAGCACACAGAUGCCUAUCCCUAUUUGUUAUCCAUCCUUCAGCACUGCUUGCAGAUGCCAUAUAAGAGGAAUGGUGGAAAUUUUCAGCAAUGGCAGCUGUUGGACAGAAUACUCCAACAAAUUGUUCUUCAAGAUGAACGAGGAGAUGAUCCAGAUAUAGCUCCACUGGAAAACUUCAAUGUCAAAAAUAUAAUUAAAAUGCUGGUGAAUGAGAAUGAAGUCAAGCAGUGGAGGGAUCAGGCAGAGAAGUUUCGAAAAGAUCAUGCUGAACUGAUGAGCAAGCUAGAGAAGAAGGAGAGGGAAUGUGAGACAAAGACCCAGGAGAAGGAUGAAAUGAUGAAGACACUGAACAAAAUGAAAGACAAGCUGCAGAAAGAAUCCUUGGAGCUGCGCCAGGCCAGGGACCAGAUGAAUGACCUGGUAGCUCAACUUAAUGAGUACUCGCAAGGGGGCAGCAUUUCCUUCCCAGCCCCACCACCCCCUCCUCCAGGCGGCCCACUAGCAUUGUCCUCUGCUCUCACCUCUGAGAAUUUGCCCCCGCUACCACCUCCUCUGCCUUUCUCCAGCUGUCCUCCUCCUCCUGCCCCACCACCUCCUCCAGGAGGACCUCCUCCCCCACCAGGAGCACCGCCUUUCUUCAGCUUGGGAGCGCCACCUCCUUCAACAACCACCUUCAGCAGUGCUGGUACCAGCCUGAAGAAGAAGUCUAUCCCGCAGCCUUCACACCCACUGAAAUCCUUCAACUGGGCUAAGCUGAGUGAGGAGAGGAUCCAUGGCACAAUCUGGAAUGAGAUUGAUGAUUUAAAGGCAUUCAAGGUGUUGGAUCUAGAAGAUUUUGAAAAGAUGUUCUCAGCGUAUCAGAGACACCAGGACCUGCUAACUAACCCCUCUUCCUGCAAGCAGAAAGAGAUGGGUUCAACAGAAGACCUUUACCUCUCCACACGAAAGGUGAAAGAGCUCUCUGUGAUUGAUGGCCGGAGGGCCCAGAAUUGUGUCAUUCUCCUUUCCAAGUUGAAGCUGUCUAAUGAAGAAAUCAGACAAGCAAUUUUGAAGAUGGAUGAGCAAGAAGACCUAGCAAAAGAUAUGCUUGAACAGCUGCUGAAGUUUGUUCCUGAAAAGAGUGAUACCGACCUGCUGGAGGAGCAUAAACAUGAAAUAGAGCGCAUGGCUCGGGCAGAUCGUUUCCUCUUUGAAAUGAGCAGGAUUGACCACUAUCAGCAGCGACUCCAAGCAUUGUUCUUCAAGAAGAAGUUUCCAGAGAGGCUGGCAGAAGCAAAGCCAAAAGUAGAAGCCAUUCUUCUGGCAUCCAAAGAACUCAUCCGCAGCAAACGUUUGAGGCAACUCCUGGAGGUCGUUCUGGCCUUUGGCAAUUACAUGAACAAAGGCCAAAGGGGAAGCGCGUAUGGCUUCAAAGUCUCCAGCCUGAACAAAAUUGCAGAUACCAAAUCCAGCAUAGACAGGAACAUUACACUGUUGCACUAUUUGAUUAUGAUCUUUGAAAAGAAUUAUCCAGAUAUCCUAGAUAUUCAGACUGAAUUGCAGCAUCUUCCAGAAGCAGCAAAAGUCAACCUGGUAGAGCUGGAGAAGGAAGUCAACAAUAUAAAGACUGGAUUGAAAGCUGUUGAAGCUGAGCUGGAUUAUCAGAAGAGACGCAUACGGGAAUCGGGGGACAGGUUUGUUCCCGUCAUGAGUGAUUUCAUCACUGUUGCCAGUUUCAGCUUCUCAGAGUUAGAAGACCUCCUCAAUGAUGCUAGAGACAAGGUAUGAAUACCUUUUGAAGCGUUG